CCCUCUUUUCUCCGUCUGUCUGUACACCUCCCGAACCCCCUACAUCCCCUCCUUGCGACCCAGACAUGGUCAAGGAAACCAAAUUCUACGAUCUCCUCGAGGUCUCCCCAGAUGCCUCCGAAUCAGAGCUCAAGAAAGCGUACCGCAAAAAGGCGCUACGACUCCAUCCAGACAAGGGCGGCGACCCGGAACUCUUCAAGGAAGUGACCCACGCAUAUGAGAUCCUCUCCGACCCCCAGAAACGCUCGGCGUACGACACACGAGGAGAGGCCGGUCUCAGCGAUGCAGGUGGCAUGGGUGGCAUGGACCCACAAGACCUCUUCAGCCAGCUAUUCGGCGGCGGCGGUUUCUUCGGGGGCGGCGGCGGGCCCUCGCGCUCGCCCGGGCCCCGCAAGACAAAAGACCUCGUGCACCGCAUCCACGUCACGCUCGAGGACCUCUACAAGGGCAAGACGACGAAGCUCGCGCUCACGCGCAACGUCAUCUGCGCCAAGUGCGCGGGCAAGGGCGGCAAGGAGGGCGCGGUGCGCCAGUGCACGUCGUGCUCCGGGCGCGGCGUGAAGAUCACGCUGCGGCAGAUGGGCCCGAUGAUCCAGCAGCUGCAGCAGCCGUGCGACGACUGCAACGGCUCGGGCGAGAUCAUCAACCACAAGGACAAGUGCAAGCAGUGCAACGGCAAGAAGGUGCUCGCGGAGAAGAAGAUGCUCGAGGUGCACAUCGACAAGGGCAUGAAAGGUGGCCAAACGAUCACCUUCCGUGGCGAGAGCGACCAGGCGCCGGGCGUCACGCCAGGCGACGUGAUCAUUGUCAUCGAGGAGCGGCCGCACGACCGCUUCAAGCGCCAAGACACCGAUCUGUUCUACGAGCAGGAGGUCGACCUGCUCACAGCGCUGGCUGGUGGCCAGUUCACGAUUCGGCAUUUGGAUGACCGCGCACUCGUGGUCACUAUCCCCCCUGGAGAAGUCCUCAAGAACGACGAUCUGAAGGUUAUUCACGGCCAGGGCAUGCCCUCACAAAGGCAUCACGAACCUGGCGACCUGUUCGUGCGCGUAUCGGUCAAGUUCCCCGAUCACAUCGACCCCACAGUCAUCCCCCUGCUCGAGCAGGCGCUCCCGCCGCGGCAACCGGUGGAGAAGUUCGCGGGGAACAUCACGCUCGAGGAGGUCGAGCUGGACGAGGUCGACCAGCGGCAGCGCGAGCGCGCGUCCGGCGAGGACGCGAUGGACGAGGACGACGAGCAGCCGCGCGUGCAGUGCGCGAACCAGUAGAAGGUGCUUGGGCGAUAGAAGAGGCCCGGGGGUUGAUGUAGGAUGAGUCGCUGUUUGUCGAUCGCUGUUGCAUUGUCUGCUGCAUACCUUUCCAUUUCAUCCGUAUUAUACGUCGCUUAGUAGCAACACUCGCUAGACUCUGUGACAGUACACUGUGUUAUAGCGCAACAUCGGUACCACCGUGAAUGGACUUGACGUUGGAUCUGAC